GGGAGAGAGAGGAGCUGAUCACAGAGCGGGGAAUCGACUCAGAGCGGCGAAGAUAGGGAGAGGGGUGAAUUUGGAAAGAGAUUUCAGUUCAGUGGCAGAAAGAUAUUAUGUCGAUCCAAAGAGAGGAAUAAGCUCUGAAACAUUCGGUUGCAAAGACUGGAAGUUCAGCAGGUUCAGGGAUGAAGAGGAUAGGGUAGACACAACAGAAAGGACGGUCCAGGGUUCACGAUGUUCGGACCUUCGCGAGUCCCCGUACAGGAACAGAUCUGGGAUUUACAGAAAAAAAUCCAAUUGUUGGAGGGUGAUCGUAAGGCUUACUAUGAAAAUUCACAGUGCAAAAUUAAGAAGAACAAGGACACAAUUCAAAAUGUCAGAGAAGAAAAUAAACGCCUGCGCAGAAUGCUUGCAGGAGCAUUGAUGAGCGAUGAGAAACUUGUCAAAGAAUCAUUUCAAGAUCGUCAUGAGAAAGCGGCACUGAGGAAUAAGAGUGGAAAGGAUGUCAUUAUGGUGUUGGACCAGAAAGUUUGUGAUAAGAUUAAGCGCCUGAAUGCUCUUAAGCAUGAGACAGAGAUGAAGAAGAAAAUUCAGAUGGAACUUGAGAUAAAAUACAGCAAGAAUAUGCAGGAAGUGAAAACCCUGCAAGAAGACAUGGAGGACGUGUCCGAGGAUGCACAGACCUUGCGGCUCCUGGAGAAUCGUUUGGAGAAGACCCAGCUAAAGUAUCGUGAAGCAGUUCAUGUGAUGAAAGUGUAUCAGAGACUAAAGGUGCAUCUGCAGGAGGAGAGUGUGACCUUUCAGAAACAACUUGAUGCAUUGGAAGCUGAAGUCCUACAGCAACAACAGGAACUGAAAGAACUGCAAGCCAUGAACACCAAUGCUCAACUAUCUCGAGAUGCUGCCAAGACAGAACUUCAGCAGCACGAGGAGGUUAUGCACAAGGAAAGACGGGAACGGGAAAGGAUUCUCACUGAGUACAAGAAGAUGGCUGAGGAGAAGAGAACACAAGCAGAACGUGCAGAAAGACGGGCAAUGCGAACAGGUGCUCACUCUGAUGAGCUGCACUUUGAGCGACCUGCAACACAAGAAACUGGAGCCGAGGAAAGGGCCAUCAACGUAUUUGAAGAAUCUGUCUUAUGGAUCAAAACUGUGACUGGUGUUAGCGAUAUACAGAAUGUAGUGAAACGCUUUGUGAUGCAGGAAGAGACCUUGAAGCAUUUAGAGGAGUUGGAACUGGAGAAUGAGAAGCAGAUGGUGCAGCUGAGGGUGGAGAAAGAGGUACUGCAGGCAGAAUAUGACCAUCUGAAAUAUUCUGGUGAAACAAAGCUCUCCAGUGAGCAAAAAUUGUUAAUGGAGCUACAAACUCACCUGAACAAUGAGGAGAAUCGACGAGAUAAGUUAAUGGAGUACCUUGAAUAUGUCAGCCAUAUCACCAUGUCCAUUAAAGCAGGCGUGGAACAUAUCUACGAGAAAUUGAAGCAUGUGCAAAUUUCAAAGGGCAAUAUUCCAGCUGUGGUACUGAGCCCCACAUCAGAUGAGUAUGUAUUGGACUUAUUGUCAUUAACAGAGGACAAACUUCUUAAACUUUAUCGAAAUCUUAAAGGAAUUGACAUGAAGAAGACAUUGCAAUUGAUCGAGGAUGAUGAGUUCCAUGCCAGCGUGGAAGGCAAACUUCCACCUUACAACAUGAGAGUGAAGCUUCCCACAGCCCAAAAACCCGAUACAUAUGAUGAUGAUGAUGAUGAUGAUGAUGAUAUUGAUGAUGACGACGAUGAUGGCAACAGCAGUGAUGAAAGUGGUGACAUUGUCACAAGAGCAGUGUUAAAACAGCAAUCACAGCAGAUUGUUGACUGGAAAACCAAAAGGAAGACUCGACCGAAGAGGAAGAAAAUAAAGCACAAAUCAGUUCAAGACUGAAGCACUCUUAAUCUACUCUCUUUGUCUACUAGACUUGUGCAUCUGUGCACACAGAUCAUAGCAAUUAAUAGUAAGAUAACCAGUAAAAUAUAAACAAAUGUUUGUUAAAAAUCCUUUCAUGUCACUAUUCAUUCUAUCCCAAAUAUGUUUUCCUCACUACUGAUGUUAAACUGACUAGUCUAUAAUUGCUGGGCCUAUCUUUACAAUCUUUAUUUAACAAGGGCAAAAUAUUUGCAAGUCUCCAGUUUUCCAGCACCACUGUUGAAUCUAGAGAAGAUUGGAAGAUUAUUGCCAGUGUCUCUGCAACUUCCACUCUCUCUCCCUUCAAUAUCCCAAUCAAAACCCCACCUCCACUCCACAAUCCAGCUGUAAUUGAGGACAUAGUAGAUUAACGUAACUGUACCAUAGUGCUGUUGAACUACGGAACUCGGGAGCCCCAGGUAAAUGAGUUGUUCUGCUAAUGCAGUAAAAGCUGCCAGCCCUGCUGCACACUCCAGUUCAGCCUGCAGACAAGCUUCAUAGUUUUUAAACAUUUGAUCGUGCCCAUUCUUUACGGAAAGUAACAUCAGAAAGGAUUUUGCAGCCUUUUUCCUGCAUUUAUAUCAUGUGCCUGGGUUUUCUUACCAGGGGUGUUAGAGAUGGUAAGAGUUGGAAUGCUAAUCUGCUUUUCUUGGUAAACUGUGCAAGAGCUUUCUUUUAAAUU